UUUGACUUGUGAAAAACAAAUCAAGAAAGAUCACUAAAAUUGAACCAAAUAUUUAAUGGCUUCCUUAGUUCUUUGUUUGGUCAGUUUUGCAUUUUGCUUUUUGCAUUAUAGUUUGGCUUCUAAUAAUUUCAAUCAAGAUUUUGAUGUUACAUGGGGAGAUGGUAGGGCAAAAGUUUUAAACAAUGGCAAACUUCUUACUCUUUCCCUUGACAAAGUUUCUGGCUCUGGUGUUAAAUCCAAGAAAGAGUAUUUGUUUGGAAGGAUUGAUAUGCAACUUAAGCUCGUGCGUGGAAAUUCAGCUGGUACAGUUACUACAUAUUAUUUAUCAUCACAAGGGUCAACACAUGAUGAGAUAGAUUUUGAAUUCUUGGGAAACCUUAGUGGAGAUCCUUAUAUUGUUCAUACAAAUGUGUAUACUCAAGGCAAAGGUGACAAGGAACAACAAUUCUACUUAUGGUUUGAUCCCACUGCUGAUUUUCAUACAUACUCCAUUCUAUGGAAUCCACAAACAAUUAUAUUUUAUGUGGAUAGCACACCAAUAAGAGUGUUCAAAAACAUGAAGUCAAGUGGAGUACCUUACCCAAAUAACCAACCUAUGAGAGUCUAUGCAAGUCUAUGGAAUGCAGAUGAUUGGGCCACCAGAGGUGGCCUUAUUAAAACAAAUUGGUCCAAUGCUCCAUUCAUUGCUUCUUUUAGAAAUUUCAAAGACAAUAAUGCUUGUAUUUGGGAAUUUAGAAAAUCCUCAUGCACAAAUUCAACAAAGUCAUGGUUCUCUCAAGAACUUGAUUCUACAAGCCAAGCUAGGUUACAAUGGGUGCAAAAGAACUAUAUGGUUUACAAUUAUUGUAAUGAUAUCAAUAGGUUCCCUCAGGGGAUUCCUCUAGAGUGCACUUUCAACUCUACGACUAGUUAAAUCUAAUUUUUCAGACUCUUUUAAAAUGUUAUCAUAUGCGUGUCAGAUUUGACACGCAUAUGCAAUCGGCAUUUUUUAAGAGUAUGAGUAAUAUCGAUUCUAUUGGUGUUGGUAAUUAAUUAUUAUAUUCCACUUGUAAUUUACUAAAUUCAUUUCCACAUAUAUCUAAUAAUUUUGAAAUAGGAUUAUGUAAUAAAA